CGUAGGCAGAGACGCGGAUCCCGGUGUGACUCCCGAGUUCCGUGAGCGGCGGUGCAAAGGGGUCCCGAGCUGGACGGUUGUGUGGACAGGGGCCAAGUUUUCCUCCGGGAUGCCGAAACUAGAGUCAUCUCGACAAACUCCCAAACAACAAAAAGUUAACUUUUGGGUGAAGAGACCUGGAUAACCUUUGUUGUCAACCUUACAGCUACCAGAAUAGCCCUAGGAAUUGAAAGGUGUCUACAAGAUUCAUCAGAUCUAUUUGGAAUUUCUUUAAAGGACGGGCAAAGGAUGCAGGAACGACCAUUAGCAAUUGAAAAAACUGGAAAAGGUGCCUCGGCUGUUCAGUCAGGCAGCUGUGGCAAAAUCUGGGCAAGAUCUGGGCAGAAUAUCCUGGAGAAAAAAAUCUUCAUCCAUUCAGAGAUUCAGCCCUGGAACUUUAGAAACAUCCAAUACCAGGAGGCUGAAGGUCCCCGAGGACUUUGCAGCCGACUCUACAACUUUUAUAGUCAAUGGCUGGGGUUAGAAAAGCACACUAAAACCCAAAUGUUGGACCUGGUUGUUCUGGAGCAGCUGCUGGCUCUUCUGCCCCUGACAAUGAAGAGCUGGGUGCGGGAGUGUGGAGCAGAGACCAGCUGCCAAGUGGUGGCCCUGGUGGAAGGCUUCCUCCUGAGUCAGGAAGAGGAGCAGAAGGAGCAAGUCCAAUUGCAGUCUUUCACUCUGCAGACCAGAGAUCCCGUGAGAAGGAGGAAUGCAUCAAAUCCCCCCCAGGAGCUGUUUUCCAGGAGGAUCUAUCAGGAAUCCACAAGUCAGGACAUCUCAGAUGGGAAGAAUAGAAUGAAUUUGACUCCUUUUUAUGGUGGUGCUGAAAGACUGGAAGGUCUUAUGUCCUUUAAGGAGGUGGCUGUGUACUUCUCCGAAGAGGAGUGGUCUCAGCUGAAAGUUGACCAAAAAACACUGUAUUGGGAAGUCAUGCUGGAAAAUCAUAGGAACGUGACCUCUUUGGGUAAUAACGGAGAAGAAGAUGAAGAUUCCAGGGAAUUCUUCCAAAGGAUCAGAUGUGGAUACAAUAAAAAGAACCCUAUAAUUCUAAUGGAAAUAGAAAGUCAUGAAAGAAACCAGUCAAAUAAUUGCAAACAGGAAAGUUCAUCUUCUGUUCAUGCAGCAACGAAAGCCUCUGUGGCCCAGGAAGGAAAAAGAAAAAACAAAUAUAUUGGAAAAUGUACAAAACUAUUCAUAAACAAAUUAAAUGCAGAUAAAUGUUAUCAAGCCCAAACAAAAGGAGAAGAUUAUACAUGUAAAGACAAUGGAAAAACUCAUAAAUGGACCCGGUCUCUUCCUCAUAAAAAUGGGUCCCAUACAUCUCAAAAAAGAACCCACACAGGGGAGAAGCGACAUAAAUGCAUGGAGUGUGGAAAGAGCUUUAGUAGGAACACUUACCUUACAUGUCAUAAGAGGAUCCACACAGGGGAAAGGCCUUAUAAGUGCAUGGAGUGUGGAAAGAACUUUAUUUAUGGUACUUCUCUUACUUUGCAUUCCCGGAUCCAUGCAACAGAGAAGCGAUAUAAAUGCAUGGAGUGUGGAAAGAGCUUUAAUAGGAACAGUUCCCUUACAAGUCAUAAGAGGAUCCACAUAGGGGAAAGGCCUUAUAAAUGCAUGCAGUGUGGAAAGUCCUUUGUUCACAGAGCUAAUCUUAGUUCACAUAUAAGAAUCCACACAGGACAGAAGCUCUGUAAAUGCAUGGAGUGUGGAAAGAGCUUCAGCUCACUCAGAAUACUUACUUUCCAUAAAAUGAUCCACACAGGGGAAAGGCCAUAUAAAUGCAUGGAGUGCGGAAAGACUUUUAUUCAGAAAAGUCAGUUUAAUUUACAUACAAGGAUUCAUAUAGGAGAGAUGCCUUAUAAGUGCAUGGAUGGAAAGAGUUUCUUAUCUAGUAAUUCUCUUACUUCCCAUUAUUGGAUCCAUACAGGGGAGAAGCCAUAUAAGUGCACAGAAUGUGGAAAGAGCUUCUGUAAAAAUUCUUCUCUUACUCUUCAUAAACGAAUCCACACAGGAGAGAAGCCCUAUAAAUGCAUGGAAUGUGGAAAGAGUUUCAUUCAGAGUUCUUCUCUUACUCUUCAUAAACGAAUCCAUACAGGAGAGAAGCCCUAUAAAUGCAUGGAAUGUGGAAAAAGCUUCCGUAGGAGCAGUGACCUUGGUUUCCAUAAAAAGAUUCACACAGGGGAGAAGCCCUACAAAUGCCUGGAGUGUGGAAAGAGCUUUAUAAAGAACUGUCAACUUAUUUACCAUACUAGGAUCCAUACAGGGGAGAAGCCCUACAAAUGCACAGAGUGUGGGAAAUGCUUUACUAGCUGUAGUCAUCUUAUUGCCCAUAAAAAGACACACACAGGGGAGAAGCCUUAUAAAUGCAUUAAGUGUGGGAAAAGGUUCCCUAACAGCAAUGAACUUAUUUUCCAUAAAAAGAUCCACACAGAAGGGAAGACACAUAUAUGCCUAGAGUGUGGAAAGAGCUUUAUUAAGAACUCUCAACUUAUUUACCAUAGUAGGAUUCAUACAGGGGAGAAGCCCUACAAAUGCCUGGAGUGUGGAAAGAGCUUUAUAAAGAACUGUCAACUUACUUACCAUACUAGGAUCCAUAGAGGGGAGAAGCCCUACAAAUGCACGGAGUGUGGAAAAUGCUUUACUGGCUGUAGUAAUCUCAUUGCCCAUAAAAAGACACACACACGAGAGAAGCCUUAUAAAUGCAUUGAAUGUGGAAAGAGUUUUUCUGCAAACAGUAAACUUAACACCCAUAAAAGAAUCCACACGGGAAAGCCUUAUAAACGUAUGGUGUGUGGGAUUCAGAACCGAAGAUGCUCCUUGGCUAAGAACUAUGCGAACUAUCUUCAAGAAAAGUCCAGUUGCCUUUUGAAAAAAAUACCUUUGACAUUCCUUGACAAAUCUAGAGGAGCAAAAUGGGUUUUCAUAUAUAAACAGAGAAAGAAGAUAUAGAAAUAGAUAUAUCAAGAAAAAUAGAAAUUUUUGCUAACCUGUGGGUAAUAGGAAGAGACUAAAAUUAGCAAGAUGCAGUUAGCAUUACAUUUACAAAUAGGAAUUUAAGUGUGUCUAAUAAGCAUUAUGUGGGAAAGACAAAUGCUGUCUUUGUGUCUGUUUACCAUAAUCAGAAAAGCCCUAACAAUUGGCAAAAAAAAUUGAGAAGGAUUUGGAUGGGGAAGAAACUUCUGAGUUUCAGAGGCUUCUGCUGCAUUGAAGCUGUUUAGUAACCCUGGAUGAAUCUCUCAAAAUGGAGAGAAGGCACGAAUUCAAGUUUUCUACCAGUUAUUGCCCAACUUUUCAUUACAGAAAUGGAAAUCAGACUGGGAGCCAUACAAAAUUAGACAAUAAUUGUACUUUUCUUUUUAUUCAUCUAGAGCAAUAGCAAUAGCAGUUAGACUUAU